GCCAGCCCCCCCCCUCUCUCUCUCUCUCUCUCUCCCCCCUCAUUCCAGUUUUUGGUCGAAAAAGUUGAAAAUGGAAGCCUCUCCUUCUUCCUCGAACUCGAAUACUGCGAGUGUCUUCCACCUCCGAAACACAGCCUUGGAUGAAUCUUAUCGGUCUCUCCCAUCGCUAUAUCUUGGAUUUCUGGCGAUUUGGUGCUUCUUUACAGUCUCCUGGGCUGUCAACACUUGGAGAAAUCGGCAUUUUCAGAUCAACAAUCUGCAAUGUGUUAUGGCGGCUGUUCCUCUGAUCAAGGCCGUGCAGCUAGGAUUAUCCUUUUCAUUUUGGUAUUCGUGCACUAAACUUCAGAUCUGUUCUUUGUGGAUGUCUUUUGGAGUCUAUGUAACUGGUAUACUCUUCCAAACAGCAUCAUUUAUGUCGUUUAUGCUUAUAUCACAUGGUUACUGCAUCAUGUAUGAGCGUCUUUCUGUUUUUGAACGGCGCUUGACUGCGGCAUUUGGUUGUGGUCUAUAUUUGACUCUUGUUGGCUACAAAGCUGCCAUUCCUUACUUCACAGUAUUUGCUCUGUUCAACUAUUUUCUAUCUUUUUAUUUGAUCUUUCGCCGCAUUUCUCAAAAUCUCCUAGUUUUGCGGGAACAGUUAAAUUCUAUAGAGUAUGAGAAUGUUCAAAGCAUGCACAAUACUCUGCGCAUGAAGUACACUAUGUUCAAGAAGUUCCAAGGCACAAUGCAAAUUUUAGCUGUUGUUGAAUUUCUGGUCUAUGUUAAUGUUGCCGAAGCACCAAAUAAUUACUGGUUACGUUUAUUAGUUCGGGAAUCUGCACAAUUCUGCAUUUUCCUUUACAUUGGGUGGACUUUCAGCGCAUUAGGAGCAUCAUCCCAUUUCUCUGUUAUGCCUACCAUGAAGUCCAAAUGGGAGAUGAAACUGCCCCCCGUGUAUAGCAUCGAAAUGGACGCUGCUGAUUUCAAUGAUCUGGCGUCUAGAGACUGGCAGUUUGGUGUGCCAACUUCUCAUCCAGCACAGUUCAAAAGCUCCGUUGAUCCAUUGCUGGUUUUAGUUCAAAAUCCUCGUUAUGUAAGCAAAGUAACUUCAGAUUUUCUCAUGAGGUCAAAAAUCCCAACAUAUUACACUCCUGCUGUGGAGCCUCUUGAUGAUGGCCAUCAGGUUUAGUUUCAAAGAUGAGGAUAUGGAGCUGAGUACAACGAACUCGGUGAACCUGCGUAUGAUUUAGAAAAGCCUUAACAAAGUGUGGAAACUGUACUUUAACCUGUUCAUUCUUCUGUCAUAUAUAUAUAUAUAUAUAUAUCUGUUCAAGCUAUUAUUUUGAGUAAAAAAGA